GGCUUAAAAUUCAUCAGAAUCUAAGUUUUUCCAGUCACAAAAUGUCAAAACCUACGGUCCCAAUUCCCGCGGCCACGAAGCUGCGGGCCAUGCUCGCCGAGAAGGACAAGGUCGUCGUGGCUCCAGGUGUAUAUGAUGGACUCACAACCCGGAUUGCCUUAGAAACUGGCUUUGAUUGUCUCUACAUGACCGGAGCAGGGACCACGAUGUCAAGACUUGGAAUGGCAGACCUGGGAAUAGCCACUCUCAACGACAUGGUUCAAAACGCUGGCAUGAUUGCAAGCAUUGACCGAAGCGUUCCCGUCAUCGCGGAUGCUGAUACUGGCUAUGGCGGACCUUUAAUGGUGGGCCGCACAACUGCUCAAUAUAUGCAGGCCGGUGUUGCCGCUCUUCAUAUCGAAGAUCAGGUGCAGACCAAGCGAUGCGGGCACUUGAAAAACAAAGAGCUCGUGGAUGAAGAUGUAUAUGUGGCACGUAUCAGAGCCGCCGCCAACAUGCGCGCGGCAUCCGCUGGUGACAUUGUGAUUAUCGCAAGAACGGAUGCAUUGGCAUCACUUGGAUAUGACGCUGCGGUAUCCAGACUCAAGAAGGCCAUCGCUGCCGGCGCCGACGUGGCAUUUUUGGAAGCCAUCACGAGUGAAGAGCAGGCAAGACGCGUAUGCCAGGAAUUGAGCCCUACUCCUGUACUCUUGAACAUGGUAGCUGGAGGUAUGACGGCCAACAUCAGCGUACAGAAGGCGAAGGAGAUUGGGUUCAAGAUUAUCAUCUACCCCAUUCUGUCCAUGGGACCCAUGUACAAGGCAGUUAAGGACGCGGCGAAGGAGCUGAAGGAGACCGGCAUUGUCGAACGUUCAGCAGGGGCGGAUGUUAGUGCGAAGCAGCUCUUUGAGCUCUGUGGGUUGAACGAGGCUGUUGAAUUUGAUAUUGCUGCUGGAGGAAGUUUGUAUGCGAAGGGUGUCUGAGCGUAUCGCAAGGCAAUCAAAAUGAAAAAGCUGCAUUGUGACUGGCCGUGGAGUUCUGGGAGAAAGGAAUGAGAGCGUUUGCGUAUAUCAUAUAUAUACUUAUAUAUAUGACAUAUACACAGAUAGACACGAGAAUGCGAUGAGCAUAUCUGUUCUGAUUCAUGUUCAGAUCCCU